CACGACGACAGCUUUCGGCGCAACUCCCACCCAAAGCAACCGCAAUCAUGUCUCACGAAAGCGUCUGGAACUCGCGCCCGCGAACCUACGGCAAGGGCUCUCGCAGCUGCCGCGUCUGCAAGCACAAGGCCGGUCUGAUCCGAAAGUACGACCUCAACCUGUGCCGUCAGUGCUUCCGCGAGAAGUCCAAGGACAUUGGCUUCAACAAGGUGAGCACAACAAGAACCAUACCCGUCCAUGGACCGCACGCACCGAGCACGUCGACUACAUCCCCGCGAGACAAACCGACCAACCCCACGAGUGCAUUGGACUUUGGCCUCUCAUCUUCAAGACGAGAGCAGCCGGACUGACCUGCGUCCGUCUCCUUCAUAGUACCGAUAAGCGCAUCUCGAUUCCGAGUGGGAACGAAAAACGGUUUGGGGAAGGGGUGGGUGGAAGCGAAAGCAUUCACAAUGGGUGGAGGAUGAUGCAUGCUUGACGGCACAGCAGUCAUGAUGGCCUCGCGAACAUCUCUCAGAGAGCGGCGGCCGCUUGGAACCGGAGUUUAUGGCUUGCUUGGUUUUCGAGGAAGAUCGUGCGUCUGACGAACGUCCUCCGAGGAUAGACGAAUACCAAUUAUAUUGGACCUA